AUGAUUCUCAGUAUAAUCAUAUCUUUUAUUAUCAAUUGGCAAUUAUCUUUAAUUAUGUCUUGUAUAAUUCCACUUGUUGUUGGUAGUGCAUUGAUGUUUGCUAAGGUCAUCGCUAAACAAACAGAAGAACAAUUAAGUUCAUAUUCAAAAGCUGGACAAAUCGCUCAAGAAGUAUUUAGUUCAUUAAGAACUGUUCUUUCAUUCAAUGGAAGCAAAUCGCAACAAAAACAAUAUGAAAAAGAAUUAAAAUUAAAUGAAUGGUAUACUGUUCGCAAAGAUGCAGCAUUUGGUGCUUUUUUUGGUUGGUUAUUUUUUAUAAACUUUCUCGUUUAUUCAAUUGGUUUCACUUUUGGUUCUAUUCUUAUGUCUGAUGGAAAUCAUCGUACACUGACUAUUAGUGAUAUUCUUGUUGUUGUUAAUAUGUUUGCACAAGCUUUAGGUUUUCUUAAUGCAAUUGGUCCUUUUUUCCAAUCAAUCUCGGAAGCUCAAGGUGCAGCAAUAUCCGUAUUUCGACUUAUCGAUGAGGCACAUCAUGAAAAUAUCAAUGAAACAGAAAUAUUGCAAGAAAACAUAUCUGAUGAAAAAUCGAUUUCUACUAUUAAUGGUGAUAUUCAGUUUGACAAUGUUACUUUUUCUUAUCCAUCGAGAGAAAAUGCAACAGCUUUGAAUAAUCUUAAAUUCAAUGCGCGUGCGAAUCAAACAACUGCUCUUGUAGGUUCAAGUGGUUGCGGAAAAAGUACAUGUGUAUCACUUCUUCUUCGCUACUACGAACCUUCCUCAGGCAGAAUCAUGAUUGAUGGUCAGUCAAUUACAGAUUAUAAAAUCAAACAAUUUCGACAAAAUAUUGGAGUUGUUAGUCAAGAACCUAUUUUGUUUGGAAUAAGUAUUUAUGAAAAUAUUCGUUUUGGUAAAAUGAAUGCAACACGUGCAGAGAUUGAACAAGCAGCAGAACAAGCUAAUGCACAUAAAUUCAUUAUGAAACUACCAAAUAAAUAUGAAACACUUGUUGGUGAGCGUGGUAUACAAUUGAGUGGUGGAGAAAAACAACGUAUUGCAUUAGCUCGUGCACUUAUCAAACAACCCACCAUUCUUUUGUUAGAUGAAGCAACAAGUGCACUUGAUAAUGUUAGUGAAAGAAUUGUUCAAGAAGCACUUGAUCGAGCAUGCAAAAAUCGGACAACCAUAGUUAUAGCUCAUCGUUUGACUACGAUUCAAAAUGCUGAUUAUAUCUAUGUAUUAGAUAAAGGAGGUGUUAUUGAAGAAGGUACACAUGAAACAUUAUUGGCAAGAGAAGGAGGGAAAUAUCAAACAAUGGUCAAAAUGCAACAAUCUGAAAAAACGAUUGAUACACAUGACGGUUUAAUGAAUAUGGCAAAAGUAGUAGCUGAAGAUGAAGAACAAAUAUGUAUGCCACUAUUCUAA